UUUUCCGCAGGCCCUGAUGCCGCCUGCAGCUGGCUCCUCGUCAGGCAGUAUCGACAUGGAGCUGCUGAAAGAAAGGGAGAUCGACAGGAGCAGGCUGCAGGGCGGACAGCUCCUGGGAGAGGGCGCUUUUGGACAUGUCGUCAAGGCAACGCUGUCGCGUCCAGAGGAAGACGAUUUGGUGGUGGCUAUCAAGAAACUCAAAGACGAUGAUGACCCUCAGGCCAGACAGGCCCUUCUGCGGGAAACCUGCAUCAUGUUGUUGUGCGGUAACCAUGACAACGUCCUCAUGCUAAAAGGCAUCUGUUUUAGAGACGGUCCGCUCCAACUGGUGUUGGAAUAUGCCGAACACGGGAGUCUCCUUCACCUGCUGUGGACGUUACGUGCGGAGUCCAAACUCAACAGGACCGUUCUGGUCAACAAACGGCACAUCUUCGAGAACAUGAUGGUAGGAUUCUGCUGCGGACUGGAGCACUUGGCGACGAGAAGGGUAAGGACAUGCUUGUCCUGCAG